AUGUCGUACACCAAGUUAAUUAUGCUCAAUCCAUCGCUCAUGCUAUGGCUCAUGCUAUGGCUCAAGCUGUGCUCUAGCGAUAGCUCAAGCUAUGCUAGAGCUAUGGCUCAGAUAUGCUCGGGCUAUGGCUCAAACUUUGCUCGAUCUAUGCUCAAGCUACGCUCAGCCAAUGCUCAAGCUAUGCACAAGCUGUGGCUCGAUAUCCUUUUAGUUACUCAUGAAUGGUAA